AUGCCGCCUAUGUACAGCUCAGAGUCUACGUCUGCUCCGAAAGCUCAUUUCGAGAUGGACAGAGAAACAGAAGACAGAUUCUGCAAGUUCUUCGAAAGGAUGCCUCCUAAAAUGGAUGGUAUGGUUAGAUUCUUCGAUCGAGGGGACUAUUACACCGUUCAUGGGUCAGACGCAGUAUUCAUAGCCAAUGAAGUAUAUAAGACUACCAAUGUCAUCAAAUACCUUGGAUCAGGUAAAUCCGCCACAUCCAGUUCGUCAGCUUCCAAGGGCUUAACAUCAGUGAAUAUAAAUACAUCCCUCACCAAAUCAUUUCUGAGAGAAGCAUUAACAGUCAAACAAAUGAGAAUUGAGAUAUACGUCCCAGAAGAGAAAGUUCCAGGAAGAAAAGAUCAUACGAAAUGGAUACUUGCAAAAUCAGCUUCACCGGGAAAUUUAAUGCAAUUAGAUGAUUUGUUAUUCAAUGAUAGAGAUUUAUUAGCAAAUGCUGUGAUAAUGUCAAUCAAAAUACAGUCUAAAGAAGGUGGAAGAAAUGUCGGUAUCGCUUAUGUCGAUACGAGCGAAAGGUUGAUUGGUGUAGGGGAAUUCGUGGAAGACGAAGGGUUUGGAAAUACCGAGUCUCUAUUGAUCCAGCUCGGUGUGAAAGAAUGUAUCAUGCAAUCAGACGAUAAACGUUCGGAUCACGAGUUGACCAAGCUGAAAGCACUGGUCGAGCGAUGCGGGGUCAUUGUGACCGAGCGCAAGGCGGCCGAUUUCCAAGCUCGAAACGUUGAGCAAGAUCUGAAUCGAUUAUUAGAUGAGUCUCAUGCUGGAGUUGCGCUUCCCGAAUUCGAUCUAAAAAUAGCAAUGUCGUCUGUUUCAGCUCUCCUCAUCUACCUCAACCUCCUUGCCGAUACAACGUUACAUGGACAAUAUCGUCUACACAAACAUGACCUCUCUCAGUAUAUGAAGCUCGAUGCUUCGGCAUUGAAAGCUUUGAAUCUCAUGCCUCAGCCUAACGAACUGGGAGGGAGCAAAGAUAUGAAUUUGUAUGGUUUGUUGAAUAGGUGCAAGACAAGUCAAGGUCAAAGAUUGUUGGCUAGAUGGUUGAAACAACCUUUAGUGAAUCUACACGAAAUCACACAACGUCAGAACGUUGUUGAGGCUUUUGUAGACGACUCGAAUGCUAGACGAACCAUUCAGGAUACAUACCUCAAGGCGAUGCCCGACUUUCAUCGAAUCUCCAAGAAAUUCCACCGUAGAAUUGCGGGACUUGAAGAUGUCGUCAGAGUUUAUCAAGCUGUGCAGCAUCUUCCUAGGCUUAUAGGAACACUGGAAGGCGUUGACCCUGUGGACAGUGUAGCCAAGGAUCUCAUUGAGGAAAUCUAUUUGAAACCACUUAGGGAUCGCUCGGCAGACUUAGAGACAUAUACACAAAUGGUAGAGGAUACUAUCGAUUUAGAAGAACUCCGAAAUCACAAUUUCGUCCUUCUUCCAACUUUCGAUGACGAUCUGCAAAAAUUGAAGGACGAUUUGCUGCGAAUACGUGAUGAGCUCGAUGAAGAACACGUCCGAGUUGGGCAAGAGUUAGGUCUGGAUAUUGAAAAGAAGUUACACCUUGAACAACAUCAAGUGUACAAGUAUUCCUUCAGGGUCACUAAAGCUGAAGCUGGUUCGAUAAGAGGGAAAAGAGGGUAUAUCGAUUUAGCUACUCAGAAAUCAGGAACAAUCUUCACCACAUCACGUCUUAAAGCAUUAAGUGAGAAUUACUUUGAGUUGCAAGCCUCUUAUGAAAAGAAGCAACGACAUCUGGUCAAAGAGGUCGUAGGAGUAGCCGCGACCUACAUCCCUAUUCUCGAGAUACUGGAUAAUAUCAUUGCUGCUAUAGAUGUGGUUAUCAGCUUUGCACACGUUUCGGCACUUGCACCUAUACCGUAUGUCAAACCCAAACUUACCGAGAAAGGCACUGGUGAUGUCGUACUUCGAAAUGCUCGACAUCCAUGCUUGGAGGUACAGCCUGACGUGACAUUCAUCCCAAACGAUCAUGAUAUGCGUAAAAAUUCAUCCGAGUUCAUCAUUCUUACUGGACCGAAUAUGGGUGGUAAAUCCACUUAUAUCCGACAAAUUGGUGUCAUAGCUUUACUAGCUCAAAUAGGAUGUUUCGUCCCUGCAGAUGAAGCUGAGUUACCUAUAUUCGAUUGCAUACUGGCUCGAGUGGGUGCGGGAGAUAGUCAACUUAAAGGUGUUUCGACCUUUAUGGCUGAAAUGCUGGAAACUGCUACCAUCCUCAAAUCCGCGACCAAAGAUUCCCUGAUCAUCAUCGAUGAAUUAGGAAGAGGGACAUCGACAUAUGAUGGAUUCGGUUUAGCUUGGGCUAUUAGCGAACAUAUAGCGUCCAAGAUCAGAUGUUUCUGCUUGUUCGCUACUCAUUUCCACGAGCUUACAACUCUAGACCAGUCACUCUCACACGUUAAAAAUUUACAUGUGGAAGCGCUAGUAACGGAUAAAAGGGAUGGCGAUGGUAGACAAGAUAGGAAUAUCACCUUGCUAUACCAGGUGAAAGAGGGUGUCUGCGAUCAAAGUUUCGGUAUACAUGUUGCUGAGCUGGCUAAUUUCCCCGAAAGUGUUGUUAGACUCGCGAAGCGAAAAGCAGAAGAACUGGAAGACUUCGGAGAUGGCGUUCCGGAUGAGUCUCUUAUGAAAUACAGUAAAACAGAGACAGACGAAGGAACAGCACUCAUCAAAGACUUUCUUGAUACUUGGAAAUCGCGUACAGCAGGUUCUGCAGAGCUUGGCGGAGGAAUAGAUGGGGAUGAGGAAAUGGGAAUGAGUGAAGAAGACAUGUUGGUGGAGUUAAAGAAGACAGCAGAGGAAUUCAAAGAGAGAUUUGAGAGUAAUGAAUGGGUGCAAGGAGUCAUGAGUACCUUUUGA